GUUGAGGUGAGGCGUAAUUUCAACCCGUGGCUGAUUUGUCACGAUUGUUACUCUUAACUGGCGGCCUUAAAAUUCGCUGAAUUUUUUACCGUGCCUCUUAAUUGUUGUCAAUGGUUUUAUUUAUGUAUGUCAUGCACUUUUAAGUGGAUAUCGUUUCAUCUGCUGACCGUGUAACCAUUAAAAAUCUGGCUGCUCAAACUGAGCUAUAUUGAUCUCAAGAAAUGGACUAUUUGAUCAAAAGAUGUAGUAGAAGUCUCGCUAUGUACAUAAAUAAAAAUCGUGACUACGGGAUAUCAAUUUUAUCAAAGUUACUGUCAAUCAUUAUUGCCUUUCUUGGUAUCGGUCUAUUCCUACAUGGUUUUCUAUUAAAUCGGACUGAGCUCUACAAUGAGACAAAUGAAAAACUGAAAUUAUCAUUGAAGAAUCCUUUGACUGUUGCUAGAAAUGGUCGAAUUAUCCUUUUACUUGUUGAUGCAUUAGGUUAUGCACUUAUACAAAACAAUAAUGAAAACAACCAAUUCCUACCUAAUCAUAUUUCACCACAUUCACAAAAUCAAUCUCGUCCACAACUUAACAGCUUAUCUAAAGCAGCAUAUAUUGGAAAGUUUAUCGCAGACCCACCGACAACCACGUUACAACGUUUAAAAGCUCUAAUGACAGGUAGUAUGCCAACAUUUAUAGAUGCAGGUUCAAAUUUUGGCGGAAAUAAAGUACUGGAAGAUAAUUUAAUAAAACAAUGGAAUAAGGCUGGAAAACAAAUUCGAUUUGUUGGCGAUGAAACCUGGAUUGAUCUAUUCCCUGAUUGUUUCAGUCAUUACAAAGCUUAUUCAUCGUUCAAUGUGAAGGAUUUGGAUACAGUUGACCGAGGUGUUGAAAAUUACUUUCUCCAUGCCCUUAACAUUACCUCAUGGGAUUGGGAUAAUGAAGUUGUUGACAAUCAAACAUCACAAACUCAUUGGGAUAUUCUUAUUGGACAUGUGCUAGGGAUAGAUCACUGUGGUCAUACAUAUGGACCUGCACAUCCAGAGAUGAUGCGAAAGCUAAAUGAACUAAACAGCUUUAUAGAACUUAUUGUUUCUAAACUUCAAUCUUCCGAUAUUCUAUUUAUUUUGGGUGACCAUGGAAUGACACGAUCAGGUGAUCAUGGUGGAGAUAGUGAUGCGGAACUGGAAGCUGCUUUCAUCGUUUUUACUGCUGAUCAGGAUUCACUUAUCAUAAAAGAUGAUUCAGAGAACCAAACAAAUAGACGAUUAUGUCAAAUUGAUCUUGUCCCAACGUUAUCACUUCUAACUAAUGUUCCAAUACCCUAUUCGAAUUUGGGCAUACUAUAUGACCAUCUUCUAGGACAUGGUGCUAACGUUCAUCAGGGUAUGGUAUUGAAUUUCAUACAGAUGUUUACCUAUACUGCAAAUUAUUAUUAUAACAUAAGUAAAUUACCACUUUCUCCUAUACUUAUAUCUUAUAUGGAUCGUAUUAUGUCAAGUUCAACUUAUGAUUGGAUAGAACAACUGAAUGAUAUUCAGUUAGUAACUAUUCUCAAAGAAUUACAAUCAAUAUUUCGUAUUCAUUGGACACAAUUCAAUGAUUUACGUAUAUUUUUUGGUCUAUUUUUAACAACAUUCAGUUUGAUUACUCUUUUACUAUCCAUUGAAAAGAUUUACAACACUCGUAAUAUACAUAUCACUAUCCUCUUUUUAUUGUUUACUUGUAUUUUAUCUUUUAUAUGUUUACUUGGAUACUAUUCAAAUAUUUUUUUAUUUUUUAUUUUUGUAUUAUUAUUCAUCACAUUACCAUAUCUUAUAUUGACAUAUCAUCAUUCUUUAAUGUUGAUCUUUUUAGAUCUUUUGAAUAGAUUCAAUGAUAAUUUUAUUGGUUUCUUGUUAUUAUUCCUACUUUCUUUAAGUUAUUUAUCAAAUAGUAUGAUUAUUUAUGAAUUCCAUGUAACUCUUUAUCUAAUUCAAAGUUUGAUUAUUGUAUUUGUCAUUGAUUUAUUCAUUCAUAUAGAUCCUAUGGAUAUGACUUCUUUGUAUAGUUUGAAUCCUAUUGGAUUGAAGUUCUUACGAAUAUGUUUAUCUUUGCCUUGUCUUCCAUUCAUAACUUUACUUUAUCUAAAUAUUAUGUUAUUGUUUCGUUUAUUUAUUCGACAAUUUUUAAUUUGUCGUGAAGAAUUAAAUAAUAAUUCUUUAUGUCGAUCUAUUCUUAAUCCAUGGUUAACAAAAACUUUAAGUAGAUUAAAUCCUAUUCAUGAAUUUUAUCCAAUUAGUGGAAUACGUUUAAUAUUUGCUAUUCUAAUGUUAAUAAUAUGUCUUUGUUUAUAUUGCCGACUAUUGUUUGAAUAUCAAAAUAUAUCUAUGGAUUUGAAUCAGUCAAAUAAAGCUAAUUGGAAGAAAUUAAGUUUAUUUAUAUUAAUUGGUAGUUUAUUGUCAUUACUGUGGAUGGUAGAUUCUGCGGAAUCAACUAAUUGGAUUGGAUUUAUUCCAAAAGAUAAAUUGCAUACAGUUCGGAUUUGGGUUGCUCGUAUUCUGUUGAUAACUAUAUUCUACAUAUUUUUUCAACUUGUGAAAUCCCCAUUUCAUCUUAUUGAAGAGAUAAAUUUUAUAAAAUGUAUCCAAUCAAAUGAUUGUAAUCAGUCUACUCAAAGAAUUGUUGUUUAUUUGUAUACUUUGUGGACAAUGACCUGUUUCAUAGUCUUACCAUUCCUUUCUCUACUUGUCUUCUUAAAUGAAUUCCAUAUCAUUUGGUUGGUUUUCAUUAUUAUAUUCAUUCAAUUGCGUAUACAUGUGACCGCUGUAAAAUGUAAUCAUAUAGAUAAAUGUAUUAAAAAUUCACUACUGCUUCAUGUACCUCAAAAGUGCAUCUCAUGGAUUUUCUCAAUAUUUCUUUGCUUAUUAGAUAACUUAUCUUUUUUUAUAACUGGUCAUCAACCAACAUUAUCUGGAAUUCCAUGGGAUGCCGCUUAUGCUGCAUAUGAAGGUGAUCAUACUACACGAUGGUUACCAGGGCUGACUGUUCUUUUGCAUUUAUAUUCAGGUCCUAUAUUAAUUGCUUUCAGUUUGCCAACAAUUAUUAUUUUGUCUUCACGCCUUCAGCAUGUUCAUGAAACGGUGAUCCAUUCCCAUUCUAACAAGAGCCGAAACACUAGCUUUUACAGAUUUGUUGAUGCUUUGGAUUUAUUCAUUUGGAGAUUUAUUAUUAGUAAAAGUGUAUUGACCUUAGGUUGUAUGUUAAGCACUGGUUUAUUACGUCGUCAUUUAAUGGUAUGGAAAAUAUUUGCACCACGUUUAUUAUUUUCAAUGUUAAGUUUAUUUAUAUCAAUUGUAUGUCUUCCAUUGAUUCGUUUUUUGGUUGUAUAUUGUUUUCAUAAUAGAAUUUGUAAAGUCUUGGAAAGUAAUUUCAAUAUACAUAUAUGUGUAUAAGUAUAUUCCUUCUUGUUAAUGUCAUUACAUUUCUGUGUAAUCUCACAAUACUGUUAUAUCCCGAAUAGAAUGGUACCUUUUGAGAUUCAUUUAUAGACCAGUACUAUGGGUAUAUUUUCUAUUGUAUAAUUGUUAAGUAACUAAACUAUUCAUAUUCAUGUUUCUUUCAUUGUGAGCUUCAUUUUGAUCCAUAGACUAUUAUUGUACUGUUUACCAUUCCUGAGUUAUGCCCAAUCUAUUAAUUACCGUUCCCCCUAUUCACAGCCACAUUUGGCUUAAUCUUGUACAAAUGUGUAUUUUCUAUUUUAUGGUACGAUGUGGUCUGUCUGUUUAAUAUAUAAACCAAGUAUAUUUGAGAAUAACGAUUCAUAUUGCAGAGGC